AUGGCGCUCGUCGCGGCCGGCAGACCGCUGGCCCACCUGCGACAGCCCACUUACGCCAGCCUACCUGCGUCAGCCAACCUGCGUCAGCCGAAUUGCGUCAGCACGCCUGAGUUAGCCCGCCUGCGACAGCCCACCUACGCCAGCCUACCUGCGUCAGUCAACCUGCUUCAGCCGAAUUGCGUUAGCACGUCUGAGUCAGCCCGCCUGCGACAGUCCACCUACGCCAGCCAACCUGCGUCAGCCAACCUACCCCACCUGCGACAGCCCACUUACGCCAGCCUACCUGCGUCAGCCAACCUGCUUCAGCUGAAUUGCGUUAGCACGCCUGAGUCAGCCCGCCUGCGACAGCCCACCUGCGACAGCCCACUUACGCCAGCCUACCUGCGUCAGCCAACCUGCUUCAGCCGAAUUGCGUUAGCACGCCUGAGUCAGCCCGCCUGCGACAGCCCACCUAUGCCAGCCAACCUGCGUCAGCCAACCUACGUCAGCCGAACCGAGGCCAGCGGCGAGGCGAGUCCCCCGCUCACAGCCGAGAGCCGCGGGGGCGAGUAG